ACGUAACAUUCCAAAACUCCCAGAUUCCAUUCCACUGAAUCGUUCGGAACCCCCAAUUUCCCAUCUCUUCACAAUUCCUCUCUCUCUCUCUCUCUCUCAAGGCGAUGGCGGUUAGGCCGGUGUUUUGCGAGCUGAGUUCGACGAAACCGGCGGUUCCGGUGCAGGUGCAGAGAGUGAGGGGAAGUGAGUUGUCGCCGACGACGACUGAUAACGUGAAGAUCGUGUUGCAGCCUCGUCUCUGCACCCUCAGAUCCUACGGCUCGGAUCGCCCUGGGGUGAUGAGGACGAGGAAGGACGGUGGUGAUGAAGUAUCGGCGUUCUUCGCGACGUUGUCGGAUUAUAUAGAGAGUUCCAAGAAGAGUCAGGACAUCGAGACCAUCUCUGGUCGUCUCGCCAUGAUUGUGUUUGCAGUGACAUUGACAACAGAGGUGGUGACAGGAAACUCCUUGUUUAGGAAAAUGGAAUUACAAGGGAUUGCUGAGGCAGCAGGGGUGUGUUUUGCAGCCGUGACCUGCGCUGCUACUUUUGCAUGGUUCUCCAGCGCUCGGAACAGAGUGGGGCGAAUAUUCACCGUCGGUUGUAACAGUUUUAUCGACUCAUUGAUCGACCAAAUUGUUGAUGGAUUGUUCUACGAACCAAGCGAUUGGUCUGAUGAGAUGUGAAGCUUGGCUUGGUUAUACCAUUUUUAGAAAAUAUAAUGUGAAAGAAGAUACACAAAUACUGCUGCAGAGUUGAGAGAAGCAGAUAGUGAGGUCUGUAUUGUAUAUAUUGUUAUAGCAUUUGAUGAUUACAUGUGAAAUUGAUUUGAGAAGGUUGGAAAAGAAUAUGCAACUUCCUGUUGCUGCUUGGAUUAUAUGUCGAUCAGGAAUGAGAUAAUUCCUUCGUGAAAUCAACUGCUAUGUCAUAUAUCUGAUUCAUAAUUUGAUUUCAUUUGCCUUUGGGGAAAAAAAAAAUGAAAAUAGUAGAAGUUUGUGUUGUGAUACAAA